AUGGAGAGGAUAUGGUUUUUGAGAGAAAAGAAGAAAUGUUCUAAUCGUGGGAGGUGGAUGGAUGUUGAUGUCAACUGGCAUAGGGUCACCGGUCGCAAGCACACAAGGAACGUACUUUCAUUUCUCAAGAACCACGGUUUCUCCAAAACCCACAUCGAGGGAGUGGUUCAAAACCUCCCCAGAAUCCUAUGUUCCAUUCUCGACACUAUCAAACCCAAAAUCAAGAUUUUCCAAGAUUUGGGGUUUUCGGACUCCGACAUUCCCGACAUUAUAUCCUGUGAUCCCUGGAUUCUGUGGCAUAGUGCCAAUAAUAAGCUCAGUCCUGCUCUCUUGGUGUUCAAGAGAAUUUUGGGUUCCAAUGCUCAAGUGGAGACUUGGGAGCAGAAGAUUAAGCUUUUCCGGAGUUUGGGGUUUUCGUCAGAUAAAAAAAAAAGUUUGGGGUUUUCGGAGAAGGAUGUUUUCGCUUUGCUUAGGAGGUCGCCUUUGGUGUUACGUAUAUCUGAGAAGAAACUUAAGGAGUAA